UUGUAGAUAAUAUUAGUAAAGUAGCUUGGAGAGUAAAUAAUAAGGUUUUGAAUAUAAUAAUGUAAGUAUGGGAAUAAGGUGGAGGGAUAGCAGAGAUUCCAAAAAGAUAACAUGAUAAGACAUAUGUUUUUGAGCAUUAAAUAAGGGAAUGUAAGAAUUAUGAAGAGAAAUAUUAAUUAUUAAAAAAGAUUUAGUCUUAAAGAGAUUUAUAUUCAUUAUAAUGUGAUUUUACUUUAAAGUUGGGUGUAGCAGUGGCAUUUAAUGGAUGUUCAAAGAUAUAUUUUCCACAUAAUAUGGAUUUUAGAGGUAGAUUAUAUCCAAUACCUCCUCAUUUAAAUCAUAUGGGUCCAGAUAUAGGAAGAGGAUUAUUAGAAUUUUCUGAAGGUAAGAAAUUAGGUAAGAGUGGUUUAAGAUGGUUAAAAAUACAUUUAGCAAAUAAAAUGGGUAAAGAUAAAUUAUCAAUGUCUGAUAGAGAAGCUUAUGUGGAUUAGAAUAUAGAUUAAAUACUAAAAUGUGCAGAAGAUCCUAUAAAACAUUAAGAUUGGGCUUAAUUGGAAGAUGCUUGGUAAAGUUUAGCAGCAAUGUUUGAUUAUGUAGGAGCAAUAAAAUCUAAUAAUGCAGAAGAAUAUAUAUCUCAUUUACAUGUUCAUUAAGAUGGAUCAUGUAAUGGUCUAUAACAUUAUGCAGCAUUAGGAAGAGAUGUUGAAGGUGCUACUUAGGUAAAUCUAGCAAAUACAUCUAAGCCUGGAGAUGUAUAUACACAUGUAGCUGGAAUGGUUGAAAGAAAAGUAGAUAAUGAUGCUUAAGAUACUUCUAGUAAAGAUCAUAUAAUUGCUCUCAAAUUAUGAAA